UCAGAGGACAGUGAAUGGGCAUCAGUGAUCACCGACACACACGCACACCUAACAGCACCCACACGCCCCCCCGAGACCCCCAAGAACGGUUGACCCCAAGGAAGUCACAUUAUUCCAGGACCCGAUUUACCAUCAACUCCCAUCCCGCUGCUUCCCACCUUACAUUCCACCGACCUCUACUCGUACCCUCGCCCCUCCCGCCGCGCAACCACGAAUCUUUCGAUCCACGACGGCUGCUUUCGCGACCCUCGAUCCCUAUCUCGAUCAACGUAACAUCGCCCUCAUUUCCUCCGCUACGACUUGGACCACCCUUUCCGAAGCCCAGCGACCGAGUCCGUCCGGCGACAUUCGAUACAGCCGCUCUCCAAGACCAGUCUCUCGCUCCGUGUGUUAGGCUCAUUCAACACCGACUUUUCUGUCAUCGCCCGCUUCUCCCCAAACGUCCUCUUCACAUUACGCAAAAUGGCUGCCCGAGGCCCCGGUGCUCCUGGUGCGCGCGGAAUGAACACGCGCUUUGCGCAGUUCAAGCUCGUCUUGCUAGGCGAGUCCGCUGUUGGAAAGAGCUCCAUCGUGUUGCGUUUCGUCAAGGACCAGUUUGACUCCUACCGCGAAUCGACCAUCGGCGCUGCCUUCUUGACCCAGACCAUUUCUCUCGACGAGAACACCACAGUCAAGUUCGAGAUUUGGGAUACGGCCGGACAGGAGCGAUACAAGUCCCUUGCACCCAUGUACUACCGCAACGCAAACUGCGCCGUAGUAGUUUACGACAUUACCCAAUCUGCAUCCCUGGACAAGGCAAAGGCGUGGGUAAAGGAAUUGCAGAGACAAGCCAACGAGAACAUCAUCAUCGCCCUUGCCGGCAACAAGCUGGAUUUGGUCACCGAGCAGCCCGAUAAGAGAGCGGUGUCCACGGCCGACGCCGAGGCUUACGCCCGCGAGGCCGGACUCCUCUUCUUCGAGACAUCAGCCAAAACGGCCGAGAACGUCAAGGACCUCUUCACUGCUAUCGCCAAGAAGCUGCCGCUUGACCAGGCCGGCCCUAGGCACGCCCGACCAGGCCAGCGACAAGGCGUCAGCCUCCAACCCGAGACUCCUGGCAGCAACGUCAGCGGGCCUUGCAGCUGCUAAGUGAGAAUAGACUCACACACCACAAUCAUCAUAUAUCAAACGAGCCCAAGGAAACCAGCGAAAGAUUGGCAUCACGUCAGAGGCGAGGCAGGCUCCCGUUGGCAGAGUGCGCAAGGGCACCAAUCAGUCAGGCACCGCACCAAACACAAGCGCGUACACGACGGCGUUUUGGCUGAAUGGGUUUGGGCUGAAGAAGAGCGUUGUCGCAAAUCCUACACCGAAGAAUGGGUAUGCCAGACCCAGCUUUUUUAAUAUCAACAGUACGUUUUUUUUUUGUUUUUUUUUUUUUGAGAGGGAGG